AGAAGAAAGACCAGAGUGGCACAAGUUUCGCACGCUAACACCAUCCGCGUGAAAUCGACGCGCGCUUCCCUGUCCGGAAGAUGUCUGAAACCAAUUGAACCAAAGAUAGAGUGAAAGAGAUAAGCAGAAGCUUCUCACUUCUCAUCUCACUCUUCACACCACUCUCAUUCGCGCUCCCUCUAUCUCACAUGGAACCUGAAUCCAGAGCUUCUUCUUCUCGAAAUCCAUCUCAGUUGUCGGGGGUAAACUUAUCUAGGAAUUUACUGUUAGCAUAUCAAAGCUUUGGUGUAAUAUAUGGAGAUCUAAGCACAUCACCUCUCUAUGUUUAUAAAAACACAUUUAAAGGAAAGUUGCAGGACCACCGUGAUGAAGAAAGUAUUUUUGGCGCUUUUUCGUUGAUUUUCUGGACGCUCACAUUAAUACCUCUGCUUAAAUAUGUAUUCAUCGUAUUGAGUGCUGAUGAUAAUGGUGAAGGUGGGACAUUUUCUCUAUAUUCACUGCUCUGUAGGCAUGCCAAGUUUAAUUUGCUCCCCAAUCAGCAGGCAGCUGAUGAGGAGCUGUCAGCGUAUAAAUAUGGUCCCUCAUCAUCACAGUCAGGAGCCUCUUCUCCACUAAAGAGGUUUUUUGAGAAGCAUAAAAGGUCAAGAUCAGCACUGCUUGUUGUAGUACUGCUUGGUACUUGCAUGGUCAUAGGUGAUGGUGUACUUUCUCCAGCAAUAUCAGUUCUAGCAUCAGUCUCAGGAAUACAAGUAAUAGAAACAAAAUUCACUAAUGGUGAGCUUGUCCUUCUGGCUUGUGUCAUAAUUGUUGGACUGUUUGCUCUCCAACAUUGUGGCACGCACAGAGUUGCAUUCUUGUUUGCACCAAUUGUAAUCAUCUGGCUUGUAUCCAUUUUAUGUGUUGGGAUUUAUAAUACAAUACAUUGGAAUCCAAAAAUAGUCCGUGCUUUAUCCCCGCACUACAUCAUCAAGUUCUUUAUCAACACUGGCAAAGAGGGCUGGAUUUCUCUUGGAGGGAUACUUCUCUGUAUUACUGGAACUGAAGCUAUGUUUGCAGAUCUUGGCCAUUUCACAGCUUUUUCAAUAAAGCUUGCAUUUGUCAUUAUUAUAUACCCUUGUUUGGUAGUACAGUACAUGGGCCAAGCGGCUUUUUUGUCUAAAAACCUCAAGUCUAUUGACAACAGUUUUUAUGACUCAAUUCCUGGUCCAGUGUUUUGGCCUGUCUUUCUUAUUGCGACCCUUGCAGCUAUUGUUGGGAGUCAAGCUACUAUUACUGCCACUUUCUCCAUCAUCAAGCAAUGCCAUGCACUUGGUUGCUUUCCUAGAGUCAAAGUUGUACACACCUCAAAACAUAUAUUUGGACAGAUCUACAUCCCAGAAAUAAACUGGAUACUUAUGAUCCUGUCUCUUGCUGUAACCAUUGGAUUUCAGGACACAACCUUCAUUGGAAAUGCUUAUGGGGUUGCUUGUAUUACGGUUAUGUUUGUGACUACGUUUCUGAUGGCGCUAAUCAUAAUCUUUGUCUGGCAGAAAAGCAUACUGAUUGCUACAAUAUUUCUUUUAUUCUUUUGGGUGAUAGAGGGUGUAUAUGUAUCAGCAGCACUAAUAAAAGUGCAUCAGGGAGGAUGGGUUCCUCUUGUCUUAUCCUUCAUCUUUCUGGUCAUUAUGUAUGUAUGGCAUUAUGGUACUCGUAAGAAGUACAGCUAUGAUCUACGCAACAAAGUUUCAUUGAAAUGGUUACUGGCUUUGGGCCCUAGCCUUGGUAUUGUGCGUGUCCCAGGGAUAGGUCUCAUCUACACUGAGCUUGCUACGGGGAUACCUUCAAUAUUUUCCCACUUCGUAACCAACCUCCCCGCAUUUCACCAGGUGUUGGUUUUUGUUUGUGUGAAAUCAGUUCCUGUUCCACAUGUCUCAUCUGAAGAACGCUUCCUGAUUGGGCGAGCUUGUCCCAGACCAUAUCGUAUGUAUAGGUGCAUUGUGCGAUAUGGGUACAAGGACAUUAAAAAGGAUGAUGGAGAUUUUGAGAACCAUCUCAUACAAAGUAUAGCAGAGUUCAUCGUGAUGGAGGCAGCGGAAUCACAGUUCUCAAGUUCUGAAGCUUCUUCACUUGAUGGCAGGAUGGCUGUUAUAAGUACUAGAAGCUUAGAAUCAACUUCAAGCCUGAUAGUAUCUGAGCUUGAAGAUUUUGGUGUGGAUGACAGCAUCGCUAGCAGCAGAUCUUCAACGCUUCGACGUUUGCAAUCAACUUAUGAUGAUGAAAACCCACAGCUAAGAAAGCGGCGAGUGAGGUUUCAAGUACCUAACAGUCCUGGGUUGGACCAUGCUGUUAAGGAAGAGCUCUUAGAUUUAGUUCAAGCUAAGGAGGCUGGUGUUGCAUAUAUAUUGGGGAACUCAUAUGUGAAGGCAAGGAAAUCAUCCUCAUUCUUGAAGCGGCUUGCCAUUGACAUUGGAUACUCAUUUCUAAGGAAGAAUUGCAGGAGCCCAGCUGUGGCUCUUAACAUUCCUCACAUCAGUCUUAUUGAAGUUGGAAUGAUAUAUUAUGUUUAGUUGGUUGAAUUUUAUAAUUGGAUGCUCUUGGUUUAUAGGUUCUAUAUCCUGGCUAGAGAUAGACAUCAGUUACAAGUUUCUAGAAGGGCUGGUUGCUAUUUCUCUUUGUUUCUGCUCUUUCCUUCCAUUAUGUAAAUCUCAUAUCUUUCUCACACUUGAAUGUUGGUCUAGCAACAUCUGUAGGAUUUCUCAAUAUGUUGUUGGAAAACUCAUAGUAAUUGCUUUAGAAUUAUCUUGGUACUUGUUACUAAACGAAAUUUUUGGAAUGAGAUUAAUUAUGUUAUUUA